AUGUUCCUCAAACCACUCCUUGACGAUUCUGGCAGUGUGGCAUGGCACAUUAUCCUAUUGCUGUCAAAGACGGCUCAUGAUCUGAGUAACAUGGCCAACAUUUAUCUGGUGGAUGUGGACACGGUGCCGGUUUAUACCAGAUACUUUGACAUCAGCUUCAUUCCCUCAACAGUGUUCUUCUUCAACGGACAGCACAUGAAGGUUGACUAUGGAUCUCCAGAUCAUACCAAGUUUGUGGGAAGUUUCAAAACCAAACAGGACUUCAUGGAUCUGAUUGAAGUGAUCUAUCGAGGCGCCAUGAGAGGAAAACUGAUCGUCCAAAGCCCAAUCGACCCAAGAAACGUUCCCAAAUAUGAUCUACUGUACCAUGACAUCUAGCAUUGAGUUUUACACAACAGUAUUAGAGUCAAGAAUCACGUCUUCUGACAGAGUGACUAGUUAAAGUGAGCUUUGUCAGGAUGUAGAGUUUCCUGUGGAAAUUACAAUCUGAUGUAUUUAUUCUGCGUAUUGUGAAAUUUUUGUAUGAUGUUUUCAAAGUAAAGCAUAUUGAUUUUACACUUCUAGAAGUUUAAUGACACUGAUGGUAAUUUUAAACUACUUCAAACUAUUUUUUCAGUUCUAUUUGACUACUUUUACUACUUCAUCAGAUUUGGAGUAAUGUAGCAUUAUAUAAUU